GGAUCUACACGCCUCCAUCCCGUCAACAGAUUUUUUCUUCUCCCACCACACCGCAUCACCUGCAUCUCACCAGCCACAUCAUGAUCCAGGUCCCCAGCGCUGGCUCCCAAUGCCAGCAGCAGGAAGGACCCCCCUCUGCCGCCCUCCCAGCGGACAAGGAUGUCGCCUGGGCCGUAGUCAGCGACGAAGCCGGGGAGAUCGACCCCGCGAUUGAAAAGAGGGCGUUGCGCAAGAUUGAUGCUUUUUUUAUGCCGGCGAUGUUGAUUGGAUAUGGAUUUGUCUAUUGGGACAAGGCCAUUCUGGGCAGCGCCUCGCUGUUCGGCAUGACGACGGACCUGCAGCUGUCGGUCAUGGAUUACUCCACCUCGCCAGCCACCAAGGAUACCUCGCGACUCAGCUGGGCCACCUCCAUCUUCUAUUUCGGGAUGAUGGCGGGGCUGUAUCCGAUGACGUUUAUACUGCAGCGGUUUCGCAUUCGGCAGGUGUUGGGCCCCGUCGUGAUGCUGUGGGCGAUUACCUGUGCCGCCACGGCGGGGGUGACCUCGUGGCGGGGGCUGUUUGUGCAGCGGUUUUUUCUAGGGUUCGUGGAGAGCGUCAUUCCCACCGGGUUUAUGACCGUCGUCAGUGGGUAUUAUACGCAGAAAGAGCAGAGUCUGCGCCAGGCGUGGUGGUUUUCAGGCACUGGCUGGUUCACCAUUAUUGGAAGUGCACUCAAUUAUGCCUUUGGGCAAAUUGAUUCCGGGAGCCUCAGGCCGUGGCAGUAUAUCUAUAUUUUCGCGGGUGCACUGACGUUUCUCUUUGGGCUGUGGUGCUGCGCCAUGCCCAAUUCGCCGGUCGAGGCGUGGUUCUUGACGCACGAGGAGAGGGUUGUGGCUGUGGAGCGUCUGCGCCGGGGACAGACUGGGGUGCGAUGCCAUGUGAUUAAGAAGGAGCAGAUUGUGGAGGCCUUCCUGGAUGUCAAGUUGUAUCUGAUUGCGAUUAUGAUGGCUUCCGCGUAUACCAUCAACGGAGCGAUUUCGGGAUUCGGCCCGUUGAUCGUAUCGACUUUUGGCUAUGAUACCCUCGACUCGAUUCUGUUUCAGUUUCCUGUUGGUGGUAUCUGCCUCAUCUUCAUCCCCCUUUGCGGAUACAUCUCGUCACGCGUCCCCAAUACACGCAUCCCCAUGCUCAUCGCCUGCUGUCUCCCGGUCAUCGCCGGAUGCGUGAUCAUCUGGAAAUCCGAAUGGGGAUACCAUCCGGCGGCACCGGUGGUCGGGUAUGCCAUCACCGGCUUCUUUGGUCCCGUCGUCAGUCUCAUCAUCACCCUCGGUGCCAGCAACGUGGCUGGCGCGACGAAGAAGACCGUCAUGGCCGCGACCGUGUUUGUCGCCUACACCGUUGGAAACAUCAUCGGGCCGCAGCUGGUCAACAGCAAGACGGUUGACCAGCACUAUCCGGAGCUGUGGGAGGGAAUGGUGAUUUGCUAUUGCAUCACGAUUGCGGCCGCGAUCGCCCUCUACUUCGUGCUGUGGCGGGAGAACCGGCGUCGUGAUGCCCUAGACCUGGACGAGAGCCAGCGCGACAAGCUGGCCUUCCAGGAUCUCACGGACAAGCAGAAUCCCUUUUUCCGGUACGUGCUGUAAUGCGUCGACCAGCGGGAG